GCGAUGGUGCCGCUAGCGGAAGUGAGGUGUUUUUCCCCGUGGAUGUCAGCUUCACCUCAUGCAGGACUGUCGCGAAGGUGCAGGUGGUUGAGGUGGUGCGGACUGAAACCGGGACACCAGUGCGGUUCAGUCAAGAGUCCCGCCUCGUCACGGAAUCAUAUACAGUUCCCGCAUAG